AUGUCACGUCCUAGCUCCAUAUAUAGACCUGGGAAUUCAUCUUUAAAUAGUCGUCGGGUUCAUCAUGUUAUUCCGCAGGAUCUGUUUCCAUUGUUGGAUUUCAAGGAAAUAUCAAUUUGUUUACAAAGUUGUGACUUCAUAGCUAAUGAAGAAUUAGUAUCAAGACCUACCAGUCAAUAUAUCAAAACAUUGCUAGAGCAAUUUCUAGAUUCCUUCAUGGGACUAUCUGCUGACAAUAUUAAUGGAAUGGUUAGGAAUGUAAACAAGAAUGACCUAUCUAUGACAAAGACAGAUGCUGAUAUGGCAGACGAUCCGGAGAAUGGUGAAUCACAAAUAGAAGACGAUGAUGAUAUAACUUCAAGCGUACGUUUAAUAUUGCUUCACAGAGGAGCAUAUGAGUUUUUUCUGAUAUGCGGAAUCAACGAUUUUACCUUGAUGGACAUUAUGAGACCUGAACCACAGAGAAUAAGGAGAAUAUUGAGUGCCGUUGUAAAUUAUGCAAGAUUUAGGGAAGAGAACUCCGUAGAGUGUGAAAAGCUUGUUAGCAUAAGUGAAGGUAAUCUAGAAAAAUUGAAGAGUGUCCAAAACGAGAAUAGUAGGCUUUCGAAUCAGAUCAAUGAUUUGAAAUACAAAAUUGAAGCCAACGAGACAGAUGGAGGAAAUAAGAAGGCCACAUUGAAGCAAAUAAAUACCUAUAAUUCUAAAUUGGAAAAUGAAUUGAAGAAGCUAAAAAAGAAUCAAGAAAUAUUGACAUUGGAGCAUUCAAAGUAUAAGGAUGAAAAGAGAAGAUUGAUUGAAAAAUUGGAAGAUCACAAUUAUUUAAUAAUGGAAUCAAAUAAAGAGUUGGAUAAAUUAAAAAGCUAUCUAUUAUCUAAUCCUGAAAUUCUUACAAAAAUUAUUGAGGACUUAAAGACCAAUUUGAGCGAACAUCAAACCAACUUGGCUGACUUAGAAUCGAAGAAUAAGAAUAUGACCAUAAGCAUAGAGUCAUUUCAGUUAGUAGAGCAAGAGUUGAAAAAUUUAUUUAGGAUUUUAGAAGAAGUAUUGAACGAUUUGACUAAAGAAGAAACUUCUUUGGAUAAAUUGAACAAAUAUCAAGAAUUCAAAGAACAGCAAAAUUUGACUUUAAAUGAUUUGAAUAGACAAAUACAACAAAUCACAAGACAACUCAAUAAUACAGAAGAAAAGAUAAAAAGGUUAAGACAUCAAUCAAGUGAGAGGAGCGAAGCCAGUAAACAAAAAUUAAUUUCCUUAAAAGAUGGUUACGACACUUUGGUUAAAGAGCGUAAAGUUAAAGAACAAGAAUUAAAUAAGAAAAAAGAUUUCAUAAGUGAAUUAGAAACCAAGAUGAAUGGAGAGAGAAACAAUUUUCAAAUAGAGCUAAGAAAUGCAGAGUUAGCAGUUGCUAAAUUAAAUUCUCAUGUUAAACUCUAUUUAACUGAAAUGAAUAAAAAAGUGGAUUGA